CGUAGUUCAGCAUGGCUAGAGACUCAGUUGGGUUUGUUUACAGCAGCUGUGCUCUGUGGAAACACGUUGUGUCGGUAUUUAAGACGUAAACAGUUACAUCUCAUGCAUGUAGUUACAGAGAGACAGUUAGAGACGUGCUCCAACGUAAAUCCAUGAAAUAAACGCAGCCUAAUUUGCUAACGUCGUAAGCCACACAGCGAGAGAUAGAGGCAGAGAGAGAGAGAUGUCAGGUUUCAGCGCUGAACUUAUCGACUACCUGGAAGGCAGGAUUACAUUUGAGGAGUUUGACAGGAGGAGAGACGAGCGGCUCGCCAAGUCAGCGAAACAAGAACUAGAUGAAGACGAGCAGGAUGAUGCUCAGCCGACCACUUCUGGCCGCGCACAACAGGAUAUCGAUGGCAUCAGUCCCAUGGUCCAGCAGGCCUUUGCCUCCAUGCUGGGAGAAAAAACAGAGCCACCGUCUUCAGAAGAGGAAGAGGAGGAGGAGGAUAGCUUGAGCUAUGUUGACGAUGAAGAUGAUGCAGAUUUUGUGGUGAAGGAGAAGAUGGCGAUGGAGGAGGAUGAGGGGAAGGAAGGGAGGAGAAAGAGAAGGAGAAAGAAGGUAAAGGACGAAGAGGCAGAGGAAGAGGGGCAGCAACAGGAGACGGAGAACCCGACGGUGGGGGAGGUCUUCGCCCUGGAGAUGGAGCUGAACCGGGAGAACAAGAAGAUGAUGAAGGAGCGGCGAAAUCGCAGUAAGCUGCCCAGAGCUCUGAGAGGCCUGAUGGGAGAAGCCAACAUCCGCUACGCCCGCGGAGAGAAGGAAGACGCCAUCCUGAUGUGCAUGGAGAUUAUAAGACAGGCUCCUCUGGCCUAUGAGCCUUUCUCCACGCUGGCCAUGAUCUACGAGGAUAACGAAGACAUGGAGAAAGCUCUGCAGUUCGGCCUGAUCGCCGCUCACCUGAACCCGUCCGACUGCGAGGAGUGGAUCAAGCUGGCAGAAAUGUCUCUGGAGCAGGACAACGUGCGGCAGGCCAUCGUCUGCUACUCUAAGGCCCUCAAGUACGACCCGACCAACGUUCGCUACCUGUGGGAGCGCUCCAGCCUGCACAUGCGUCAGGGCGAUCACAAGCAGUGCAUGGACGGCUACCGCAGGAUCUUGAGCCUGCUGCCGCUGGAAGAUGGAGAGCACUUCAUGCAGCUCUCCAAAGACAUGGCCAAGAGUUACUAUGAGAGUAAUGACCUGCCGGCAGCUUUAGGUGUGAUGGAGGAAGCUCUGAAGCGGCACCCAGGCCUGGUCACUGAUGAUGUCAUCAACAUGGCCGCUGAGCUCUACAUCGCCAACCACCAGCACAGAAAAGCCCUGCAGGUCUUGAUCCAGUUCUCAGGUAUAUUUCUGGUGAGGGCUGAAACCAAAUCAGACUCCACCGUGCCAAUGGAUGAGAAGAAGGAAGAGGAGAAGAUGACAAUGGUGGAGGAGGUGAAGCAGAAAGACGAGGAGGAAGCAGAGAUGAAGACGGCUGAUGAGGACAAAGCGAUAGAGGAGCUGGGUGACGUGGUGGCAGUGGACAUACCCGACAACGUCCCUGUGGACAUCAGAGCCAAGCUGAUGGUCUGCCUCAUACACCUGCACGUCUACCAGCCUCUGGAGGUGCUUCUGACAGCACUGAUGGAGCACAGCCCAGAGGAGGUGGGGGAUUUGUAUCUUGAUGUCGGUGAAGCCUUCCUGGAGGAGGGCAAGUACGUGUCGGCUCUGCCUCUGCUGUCAGCCUUGGUCACAUCAGACAAGUACAACCUGGCUGUUGUCUGGCUCAGACAUGCAGAGUGUCUGAAGGCGCUCGGGCACUUGGAGGCGGCAGCAGAUAGCUUCACUAAGGUGGUGGAGAUGGCUCCCCAGCACCUCGAGGCCCGGCUCUCCCUGUCCACCGUGCAGCAGCAGCUGGGCCGGCCGCUCUGCGCCCUCAAGGCCCUGGAGUCCAUGUAUGACACCAACACAGUGGCACAGGACUCGUCAGCUGCACAAAAGGAAUUAAAGCUGCUGUUGCAUCGCUCCACACUGUUGAAGACUCAGGGCCGAAUAACAGACUACCUGGAUACUCUGAUCACAAUGAUAUCCAUGCUGCUGAAGGUGGCCAUGCAACGUGCCAAGGUGUGUGCGCGCUCUGUAAUCAUGUCCGGGGAACGCCACUUGAAUCUGGUCAAGGUCAAAGACAUGCAGCCGGACAUCGCAGACCAGGAAGCUGCAUACCAGGACAUCAGCGGUAAAACCAGCGUUCUGUCCCGGGAGGACUGGUGGCAGCUGCUGGUCAGCUGUGCGCGGACGCUGUGCGAGGAGCACCGUUACGGGGAGGCUGAGCUGCUGGUCGAGUCCGCCAUGGAGUUCUUCUCCUUCUACGAAAACAAACCCAAGAGGAAGGAGCUGGAGUUCUUCGGCCUGUCAGCCGCCUUCCUUGACCGCAACUACCGCAAGGCCUACGACUACAUCAGGUUGAUGCUGAUUGACAAUGUUGAACGCCCUCAACUUUGGAACGUUUUCAACCAGGUGACGUUAAACUCACAGCACCAGCGCCACCAUCGCUUCUGUCUGCGCCUGAUGCUGAAAAACCCCGACAACCACGCCUUGUGUGUCCUCUGUGGGCACAAUGCCAUGGUGUCCGGCAGCUUCAAACAUGCUCUGGGCCAGUAUGUGCAGGCCUUCAAGACUCAUCCCAGCAACCCUCUGUACAGCCUGUGUGUGGGACUCACCUUCUUCCACAUGGCCUCGCAGAAAUUUGUAGCGAAACGGCAUCCACUGCUGCUGCAGGGUUUCUCGUUCCUGUGGCAGUAUGUGGAGCUGCGUGGAGAGUGUCAGGAGAGCAUGUACAACCUGGGCAGGGCGCUGCACCAGGUGGGCCUGGCCCAUCUGGCCAUACACUACUACCAGAAAGCGCUGACGCUGCCCCCACCCAAACUAGAGGGUAUAGAUGAUGAUCAGGUGGAUCUGAGGAGAGAGAUCGCCUUCAACCUCUCCCUCAUCUACCAGGCCAGUGGCAACAUGGAGAUGGCUCGCCAGCUCAUCAACACACACUGCGUUAUUUGAACACACACACACACACACACACACACACACACA